CGGGCGGAUGGAGAGCAGGGGGACAGCGCCAUUUUGCUUAUUUUGGUGAUUCUGUAGGAGGAGGGGUGGUGGAAAGCCACAUUGCGGCCGCCUGGAAGGGUUUGGUGUCCCCCACCCCUACCACCUGGUGGUCUGAGGUGCCAGGACAAUGUUCUACGCCCACUUCGUUCUCAGCAAGCGUGGGCCGUUGGCCAAAAUUUGGCUGGCGGCCCACUGGGAUAAGAAGCUGACCAAGGCCCAUGUGUUUGAAUGCAACCUUGAGAGCAGUGUAGAGAGCAUCAUUUCUCCCAAGGUGAAGAUGGCUUUACGGACAUCCGGUCACUUACUCCUUGGUGUAGUGAGAAUCUACCACAGAAAGGCUAAGUAUCUGCUGGCAGAUUGUAACGAGGCCUUCAUCAAGAUCAAGAUGGCGUUUCGACCAGGUGUUGUGGACUUACCGGAGGAGAACCGUGAAGCUGCCUACAACGCCAUCACCUUGCCAGAGGAGUUCCAUGACUUUGACCAGCUGCCAGACCUGGAUGACAUAGAUGUUGCGCAGCAGUUCAGUCUGAAUCAAAGUCGUGUGGAAGAGAUCACCAUGAGGGAGGAGGUUGGUAACCUCAACCUGCUUCAGGAGAAUGACUUUGCUGAUUUUGGGAUGGAUGACCGUGAGAUGAUGAGAGAAGCGAGCGCCUUUGAGGAUGACAUUAUCCAUGGAGCGUCUGCUUCCAACCUGCUCCUAGAGCCAGAGUCCAGCAGUGGGCAGAUAACUGACAAGUCCAACCACCUGGAGUUUGACCAGUACAAGGACGACUUUGGUGACAAUCCCAUGGAGAGCAGCGAAGGAGGCAUGCUGGUUGACAAGCUCCUGAGCAAUGAGGAUGGUGGUGGCAUCUUUGAUGACCCUCCAGCUAUCACAGAGAACGUGAUGAUGCCAGCGGGAGAACCCGGCGGUGAUGAUGAUGAUGACUAUGACAACAUGUCAGCCGGAGGCCCUGAUAGUCCCGACUCUGGACCAGUGGGGCAGCUGCCUGUCAUGACUGACCAGACGGAGCAGACCACACUGGUGCACAACGAAGAGGAGGCCUUCGCCCUGGAGCCCAUCGACAUCACAGUGAAGGAGACCAAGGCCAAGAGGAAGAGGAAGCUGAUCGUGGACAGCGUGAAGGAGCUGGACAGCAAGACCAUCCGGGCCCAGCUGAGCGACUACUCGGACAUCGUCACCACACUGGACCUGGCGCCCCCUACCAAGAAGCUGAUGAUGUGGAAAGAGACGGGUGGCGUGGAGAAGCUCUUCUCCCUCCCCGCACAGCCGCUGUGGAACGGCAGACUCCUCAAGAUGUUUACGCGAUGCCUCACCCCUCUGGUGCCGGAUGAGCUGAGAAAGAGGAGAAAAGGGGGCGAGGCCGACAGCCUGGACGAGUUCCUUAAGGAUCUGGAGAACCCAGAGGUUCCUCGGGAGGAAGCCAUGGGCCAGCAGAGGGACAUCAUUGACCAGACAAUCCUGGAAGAGCCUAGCGUGCUGCAGACAUCGGCCAUGGAGGGAAGCAGGACCCUGGACGAGUCCAUGAUGCCCCCUCCCUCCUCACAUCGGGGCCAGAAGCGCAAAGCCCAGGAGGUCCAGGAUAACAUGUCCAUCAUUGAUGAUGACCGGGCUUCCAUAGUGUCAACGCAGAUGCCUGUGCAACCUGUGGAGCUUCCCCCAGAGGAGACACCCAACCUCAGUCAGCUCAUCCCAGAGCUGGACCUGCUGGGUGAGAAGAGCAAGGACAAGAAGGAUGAUGACGAAGAGGAAGAGGAGGAGGAGGGUCAGGGUGGUGACCAGGAUCAGGAGGAGAGGCGGUGGAACAAGAGAACCCAGCAGAUGUUGCAUGGCCUUCAGAGGGUUUUGGCCAAAACUGGAGCCGAGUCCAUCAGCCUGUUGGAACUGUGCAGGAACAACAACAAGAAGCAGGCUGCCGCCAAGUUUUACAGCUUCCUGGUUCUGAAGAAACAGCAGGCCGUGGAGCUUUCGCAGGCCGAGCCCUACAGCGACAUCAUUGCCACGCCUGGUCCGCGAUUUCAUAUCGUCUAGCCGUCUUGUCCACACCCAUCCUCCUAAGUCCACUCCUGCUUGUUGGGGUUUGAUUCUCUCUAUGGUGAACUGUUGUUACUGUUCAGAAUGUUUUAUUUCUGUUGGUUUAUGAAGUGCCCGUUGUCCAUGUGCUUUGUUUUUAAAGCUUGGAGUUCAGAAGUCUUAUGUUUUCAGUCUGAAUGCAGGAUUGGACAUUUUUUAUUAUGAUAAAAAAAAUGUUUUAAAAGAAGUUUUUACUCAAAUAGUGUUUACAAUAAGCAUGCAGUAUUAGCCCUGGAUUUUUAAACUCAUCUUUAAGAAAAAUAGGUACAUUUUUCUUUGCUCACCAGCAUUUGUCUUACAGGCUGACUUAUGGCUUAAAUUCCACAGGAAUUGCAUACCGUAAAAUUAGCAUGGGCAAAAUGCUUUAGAUUGUGUUUAUGCUCAGCCUUGGACUUUUCAAACUUUUAAAACCACUGAUUGUUGGAGAUUAUAUCUUCAUGUUGCAUGUGACAUGACAAAAAGUAUUGUUUUUUAAUGACUACUACACCAUAGUAGUAUUACAUGGACGGCUGUCACGUCUAUUGGUUUAAUUUAAUAAUGCACAGUAUAAGCUAGUUGUGUUGUCUCCAGACUUACAAUAAUGUCAUACUGGCACGAUAAUGUCCGUGUGCAUCAAUCCCCCUUUGCAUUUGUUUGUUAUUGUUAUUUAUUACACCUGUAAGUUAUUUACUUAAAACUUUUGUGGCCUGACAAGUAGAGCCAGAUAUACAGAUACAGCGCAAAAUCAAUAGCGUACAUAGAGUGCAUGGGAUGACUAAUAUCUGUCGCCUUUAUAUUGUCCUUGCAUUGUUACCGAAACCUUUCUCAACAGAAAAAAACACUACACAUUGCACCUUCUACCUAAUGCACUGGAGGUUUAUUCAGUGCUGCAUGUCACUUUGCAGAAUGUUGGUAGCAUUCACAAAGUUAAUUACUUAUUACUUAUUACUGUUAUUAUUGUGGCCGGCAAAGCACAACUAUGGAUCUACAAAACAGCAGUCGUAUAAGUAUAUAUACUCUUUUGAUCCCCUGAGGGAAAUUUGGUCUCUGCAUUUAUCCCAAUCCAGUGAAUUAGUGAAACUCACACAGCACACAGUGAACACACAGUGAGGUGAAGCACACAAA